CGCCAACGUCGCGGCACACAUCACCUGUACCGUUUGAAUCCUGAACCUGUCGGCAGCAUUGUUUGGCCAAAAGGACCGAGAAACAUUUUAUUAUAUUUUGUUAUUCUUUUCUUUGAAACAGGCUUGUUGCAGCAGUCCUCUUCUAGCAAUGCCCAGCUACGCGGAUAUAUUUCUUUUCCUAUCCCCUUCCAACGUCGUAAUCCCAAACCAAAAAGGACACUAUUUCUUUCUACCCCGCCGCGGCGAAUGCCAAUAAAUAGGUCGCGUGUGCCAACCCUAAACUUAUCCCAGUAAAAACAAAAACUUCAACCAACAACGAUUCACUGAGCAGAAAACUGUACCUCAGAUUUCUGCGCCGCUGAAGUCACCGUCAUGUCAUUGCUAGGAUUCUCGUCGUCCGCCGAGUAUGUUCUGCUUUCCUAACUCCACAUUAAUGUUGAAGCCUUGUUCUCUCCCAGUUAAUGUUAUUCCUGUUAUGGCGAAUAGUCGCCGCUGCAUCACUAACCCAACUAAUCUCUUUCUGACUGCAGCCUCGUCGCGUUUCUCCUCCCGUUACCUCCGGGGGAACGACGGGAUUUCGUAGGAAACCUGGCCGAGGCUGACUUCUCUCUUGAGAUAAUAUCGAAAAAUGACAAUGAGGAGGGCUGGCUUGGUCCACUCAUUCAUGACCGAACCACUGCCAUCAUGGAAUUAUUGGACGCUUUUCCAAUUCACGAUUCCCAGCUUCUGUUUCGUCUUCCCGUUAUCAGUCCACUCUUUAAACGGAAGACCCGAGCCCUCCCGUUGACCAUCCCGGAUCCCGACUUCAAACGUUGGCAUGGUCGGUUGGCCCAUGAUGCCACAACUGUAUCUCAAUAGCAGGCAUUAGGCCUCGACCGCUUUCUCUCUCUAUGUUCAGAGCUGUCGAGCCCUGAUCCCGAGUUGCUCAAAGCCGCUAUCUGCUUCUGGUCAACGGAAUCGAACUGUUUCAUGCUCCCAUUGGGAUCGAUGAUGAUCACUCUGCUCAACAUAGCGGCCCUGACCGGCAUAUCAAAGCCGCGUGUGCAAUCAAAUAGAGCCUUGGAUCCAACUUCAUUGAUGGUCUUCGGCCGCUCUUACCAAUCACUCUACAACAGCAAUGCACCACUCACCCCUGGCGAACCUGUAUCCGACAACGAGCGGGUGGCCUUUCUCCAUUACUGGUUUGGCCGAUUCGUGCUUUGCACCCAACAACCCAACACGGAUGCGCAUACGACCGCUGCAAUCUUCACCGGCGAAUGUGUCAAUCUUGAUGAAAUUGUGCUCUGCCACCUCUAUCGCGGUCUGCAUACCAUCGUGAACCGUGUCAAGGUGGCUCCAUACGAAGGUGGCAUCCUCAGUGCUGGCCCUCUAUGGCUACUACAACUUUGGCUGCAUGCUUAUUUCCCGGCGACUCGCGGCCCUCUACCAGCUCUUCAAACGGCAGUUGAAGAUACCACCAUGCUCAAAUAUGGCCAUUGUUUGGCUAAAGCAUCUUCUUGAAAAGGGGAUUUUGCUAAUUAUUUUACCUUCUUUUAUGAGGUCAGAGAGAUCCCCAGCUUCACUCCUUUUGCGGAAUCGAUAUUCGGCUCCACUUCGUUCAAAUUCAUUUUUGACAAGUCACCAUCGCGAGGUGAUCCCGUUGCCGCUGCUUGUCAUGAAUUCAUCGAAGAGCGCAAAUGGUACCUUACAGCUCGGGACCUCCUCUUUGCUCCUACCGGCUCAGAAGUACUCAGCAUUGAGACUUACAACCCUCAACUCGCAGCUCGACAAUUCAACCUCGUUCAAGCAUGGCCUAUGUUACCUCCCUCGUCCAUGAAUUUUCCAAAAUUCCACAUUCGUUCUUCGGAGCUUACCGCUGGACAAAUUAUGGAGGUACGAGGUUACCAAGACUCUGCACAAUACUUUCCUCCUCAUAAAAACGUGGUGAAUAA